AUGUCCAUGUCAAUCGAGGAGCUGGACGCGACCGUCCGCGCCUUUUAUGAGGGUCGAGGCGACACUCAAAAGCAAGCGCAAGCCUCGCUGAACCAGUUCAAAGAGAACCCCGACGCAUGGCUCCUGGUCGAUAAGAUAUUACAAGAUGCCCAGUACCCACAGACGAAGUGCAAGUAUCACGGUUCCAUAUUGGCGGCAAUGAAGCUGACUGUUGGGGUAGACCUGGGCCUGCAGGUUCUGGACAACGUGAUCAUGACGAGGUGGAAAGUUCUUCCCAGGGACCAAUGCCAAGGUAUCCGCAACUUCGUUGUCAACUUCAUCAUUCAGACCUCCAGCACGGAAGAGAGCCUCAGAAACCAGCGCACCCUCCUCAACAAGCUGAACCUUGUUCUUGUUUCCAUCUUGAAGCAGGAAUGGCCCCACAACUGGCCCACCUUCAUCAACGAGAUCAUCUCCUCAUGCCACAGUAGCCUUCCCAUCUGCGAAAACAACAUGGUCAUCCUGAGGCUACUGUCCGAGGAGGUCUUCGAUUACUCAGCGGACCAGAUGACUUCCACCAAGACCAAGGAGCUCAAGCAGAGCAUGUGCGACGAGUUCACCUCCAUCUACCAGCUGUGCUCUGAAGUCUUGAGGACCGCCGAGCAGGCUUCCCUAAUCAAGGCCACCCUGGAAACACUAUUGCGUUUCUUGAACUGGAUCCCGCUUGGAUACAUCUUCGAGACCCCGCUCAGUGGCGUCAGCCUGAUCGAGACUCUCCGCAGCCGAUUCCUGGAGGUUCCCGAGUUCCGCAACAUCACGCUCAAGUGCUUGACUGAGAUCGCAGGCCUGCACACUGAGCCGGCAUACAACGAGAAACUUGUCCAGAUGUUCACUGAGACGCUCACGGAAAUUUCCAAGAUCAUCCCGCUUUCCAUGGACCUGAAGAGCACUUACGCGCAGAGUAACAGCAGGGACCAGGAAUUUGUUCAGAAUCUGGCCUUGUUCCUGUGUAACUUCUUCUCGAUGCACUUGAGCAUUAUCGAGAACCUGCCGAACCGCGAUUUCCUGAUUCACGGCCACUUUUACCUCAUCCGUAUCAGCCAGAUUGAGGAUCGCGAGAUUUUCAAGAUUUGCUUAGAGUACUGGACAAAGCUUGUUUCGGAGCUGUACGAUGAGAUGCAGCAGCUUCCCAUUGGUGACAUCAACCCGCUUAUCAACAUGGGUCUCGGCGGCAUGGCGAACGGCGGCGCGCGGGACCCUGCGCUUCUUGCCAACUAUCCUCUUCGCAAGCACAAGUACGCCGAGAUCCUCUCCAACUUGCGCCAGGUCAUGAUCGAGAAGAUGGUCAGGCCCGAGGAAGUCUUGAUCGUGGAGAACGAUGAGGGUGAGAUUGUCCGCGAGUUCGUCAAGGAGAGUGACACCAUCCAGCUCUACAAAUCAACGAGGGAAUGUCUGGUGUUUUUGACGCAUCUGGACGUCAACGAUACGGAGCAAAUCAUGUCCGAGAAGCUCGCCAGACAAGUCGAUGGCUCGGAAUGGUCAUGGGCCAACUGCAACACUCUGUGCUGGGCCAUUGGAUCGAUUUCCGGCGCAAUGAACGAGGAAACCGAGAAGAGGUUCUUGGUUACCGUCAUCAAGGAUCUGCUCGGUCUGACGGAGAUGAAGCGCGGCAAAGACAACAAGGCCGUUGUCGCAUCCAACAUUAUGUACAUUGUCGGCCAAUACCCCAGGUUCUUGAAGGCGCACUGGAAGUUCCUGAAGACUGUUGUCAACAAGCUUUUUGAGUUCAUGCACGAGACUCACGAGGGUGUCCAGGACAUGGCUUGCGAUACUUUCAUCAAGAUUGCCAACAAGUGUCGGCGUCACUUUGUUGCUUUGCAGCCCGGAGAGACGGAGCCCUUCAUCGAUGAAAUUGUCCGCAACCUCCGCAAAAUUACCAUGGAUCUCUCGCCCCAGCAAAUCCACACCUUCUACGAAGCCUGUGGUUACAUGAUCAGUGCACAAGGCCAGAAGAGUAUCCAGGAACGUCUCAUUCAAGAGCUUAUGUCGCUCCCCAACGCUGCGUGGGACUCCAUCAUCCAGUCGGCAAACAACGAUCCGAGCAUUCUCCAGGACGGCGAGACGAUCAAGAUCAUCGGCAAUAUCAUGAAGACGAACGUCGCUGCUUGCACUUCAAUUGGCAGCUAUUUCUACCCUCAGAUCGGCCGGAUUUACCUUGAUAUGCUCACCAUGUACCGCGCAGCUAGCGGUCUGAUUGACGAAGCUGUGCAGCGCGAUGGCAACAUUGCAACCAAAAUGCCCAAGGUCCGCGGUCUUCGUACCAUCAAGAAGGAAAUCUUGAAGCUCAUCAACACGUACGUUGAAAGAGCGGAUGAUCUGGAGAUGGUCCACAACACUUUGGUGCCUGGCUUGUUGGAGGCCGUGCUCCUCGACUACAAGCGCAACGUACCUGAUGCUCGUGAAGCCGAGGUGCUGAACGUCAUGACGACGAUCAUUAACAAGCUACAUAGCUUGAUGGAAGAUCAGAUCAUGAACAUCAUGGACGCCGUCUUCGAGUGCACCCUGGACAUGAUCAACAAGGACUUCUCCGAGUACCCGGACCACCGCGUGGAGUUCUUCAAGCUUCUCCGCACCAUCAACCUUCGCUGUUUCCCCGCCCUCCUCAAGCUCGAUGCGCGCUCUUUCAAGUUCGUCAUCGACUCGUGCAUGUGGGCUAGUAAGCACGACAACCGUGAGGUCGAGGGUGCUGGCCUCAUGAUGUGCUACGAGCUCAUCUCCAACAUGUCGGACACGGACCCGACGACGUGCAACACGUUCUUCCAGAGCUUCUACACGACGAUUCUGCAGGACGUGUUCUUUGUGCUCACAGACAGCGAUCACAAGGCUGGCUUCAAGCACCAGUCGAUGCUGCUUGCCAAGAUGUUCUGGCUCGUCGAGUCUGGCAAGAUCGGGGGCCCCAUCUACACUCCAGACAUGGCUCCUGGUGGCACGUCGAAUCGGGACUUCCUCAAGAACUUCACUGGCAAUCUCCUGGCGAACGCGUUCCCUAACCUGCAGACGUUGCAAAUCUCGAACUUCAUUGACGGCCUGCUCGCGAACAACUCGGACCUGAACCGCUUCAAGCUCAUUCUCCGUGACUUCCUCAUCUCGUUGAAGGAAUUUGCGGGCGACAACGCGGAGCUGUUUGCAGAAGAGCGCGAGCAGGCGGCCAAGGCUGCCAAGGACCAGGAGCGCGAGCGUGCCAUGAAGGUGGGUGGUCUGCUGAAGCCGUCGGAGUUGGACGAUGACGAGCUGUGA